CGGAUCCGGCUAAAUCCUCCACUUGCGCUCCGAGCGGCUGGCUGAGCGCGUCCUGUGCCACAUGAAGCGCUUCCCGGCGACGCACAUGAAACCGGACUGAUACUGGACACAGCGGGAGACUGAACUUCUUCACUCUUGUAUUUUAUUUUUUCCCUCGUUCGUCUGUGUACUUUCUUUCUUUUUAAAAAAAAAAAUAUACCUAUGCCUUACUCAGAGGAAAGUGGACAUUUUUAACUUUUCUUUUCCUCGCAGAACGCAGCCCGUCGUCAGCUUCAUCUGAAGCAAACCAAGGUUUAAAAUGAACGAAGGACUUGACACCAACUUGACUCAACUCUAUGACAACUGGACAUUUUACAACUCCUCGGUGGAGUCCGUCAUACCCAGGAACAACAUCACGUAUGUCGGAUUUUACCUGCAUCAGCCAUCGACAGCUGCCAUCUUCAUCGUGUCCUAUCUGCUCAUCUUCCUCGUGUGCAUGGUGGGGAACGGAGUGGUCUGCUUCAUUGUGCUGCGGAGCAAAAACAUGCGGACUGUCACCAACUUGUUCAUUCUAAAUCUUGCUGUGAGUGACCUCCUGGUUGGGAUUUUCUGCAUGCCCACAACACUUCUUGACAACAUAAUUACAGGAUGGCCUUUUGGAAGCCUGGUCUGCAAAAUGAGCGGCAUGGUUCAAGGGAUCUCUGUGUCAGCAUCUGUAUUCACUCUGGUCGCGAUUGCUGUUGACAGAUUCAGAUGCAUUGUCUACCCAUUCAAGCAAAAGCUGACCAUAUCAACAGCCACCUUGAUCAUAGUCAUUAUCUGGGUUCUGGCCAUAUCCAUCAUGUGUCCCUCUGGGGUGAUGCUACAAGUGACCAAGGAGCAGACCAUCCGUGUGUUACUGGGCUAUGACAACAAAACGAGCCCGUUCUAUUGGUGCAGAGAGAACUGGCCAAACCAGGAAAUGAGGAAGAUUUAUACCACUGUCCUGUUUGCAAAUAUCUACCUUGCCCCUCUUUCUCUCAUCGUGAUCAUGUACGCCCGGAUUGGCAUUACUCUUUUCAAAACAGCGGUCCCGACGGGAGGAAAGCCGGGCCACGACAACCGCCACACUGUGUCGAAGAAAAAACAAAGGGUGAUUAAGAUGCUUCUUAUAGUUGCUUUGCUUUUCAUCCUCUCCUGGCUGCCUCUGUGGACUCUCAUGAUGCUGAGCGACUAUGCCAGCCUGACUGAGCAGCAGUACAGAAUCAUCAACAUUUACAUUUACCCCUUUGCCCACUGGCUAGCCUUCUUCAACAGCAGCGUCAACCCCAUCAUCUACGGUUUCUUCAACGAGAAUUUCCGCAGAGGAUUUCAAGCCGUGUUCAAGUUCAGCCUGUGCACGGCGGAUGGACAGCGGAGGAAAACCUACUCGCACAGGCUGCAGGGAAACUCUGUGCUCCCAGCCAACAAUGUACAAACCUCUCUGGAGCCUAUUUCUCUCAACAGCCUGGAUAAGAACUCUUCAAGGAGACUCAACCAUGUCACUGAACAGGAUUUAGUCAUGGAAGACUUGGAAAAGGCAUCGUGCAGUAGCGGGGGUGUGACUGCAGUGUCAAUUUGAAGACACACACUGAGACAUUCUUCAAGGUGAUAAGUAAAGGUGUUCAUAUUUCAAGAAAAUUGCCCCUGAUUAUUCAAACUGCGAGGCUCACCUGAAUAGGUUUUAGAAUCUGAUGUUUAUAUGCAACUUAUCCAUGACAAUUUUAAUACUGGCAACAAAAAAAGAGUACCAAACAGAGGCUGUCCUGCACCACUUAAAAACCAGCAGGGCACCUCAGAGUGUUUGCUCCUGACAGACUAACAUGUCUGAAAUUUUAUCACCAGUUUGAAAAGAGAAUACUCAAUUUGGUCGUUUAUCUUUAUUUAUCACCUUCCAGCCACAAGAUUUAUGUUGCACAUAUUGUGCCAUGUUUAAGAUGGAAGCAGGGUGGGACUGUAGCUGUCUACAAAGGGAGAACAAAACUUAAAGCUCUUGUUGCCCAGUGCAUAAUUAAUCAGGAUUGGUUGAUAUUGCACUGAUACUAGGCUACUGUCCUGUUCCAUGACAUACCUUAUAAAAACUGUAUGUAUAAAUGUAUAAAGAUGCAUCAAACAUAUGUACUGUGAUGUUUGCAGAGCAGAUUUCAAAAGUAAAGUGACAACUCAAAUAUACUUUAUUAAUUUAAAUUCCCUGUGGCCUUUGAAAUAAAGCUGUGUCAGAUUUAGUUUGGAAAAAAAACAAGUUUUAAUGAAGGCUUAAAGUUCAAAAGGGCUCAAACAUCAAAUCAAACAACACAACUUUUAGACCCUCAGUUUUUCUUGUCUUUUCACUCACUGUUAGAUCGUCGCAGCAGCAUGUCUCAUUUCACUGUCAGAGAAUUAGCCCCCAGACCUCCGAGCCUGAUUAUUAGACUGAGUUUUGUUUCCACUUCUUUACUUAGUGUGAAAUUGAGUUUAAGUUUGCAGUUGUCUGUUUGAGAAGGGGGGAUUAGUUUGUGUUGUCCAAGCCAAUCAGUAAAGAGUAACAUAUCUGUCGCACCAACAUCAUCACUUAUCAACUUAUUUGUAAUGUCGACAGAAAAUAUAUGCUGACUCAAGAGUUAAUUUCCGAGAGUCGGCAGCUGCGUUGGUCUCAUUCACACCUGUGACCGUUUUUGUGGCCAUUUUUCUGCCCCUGAUCUUCUGGCUAAGAUGCAGGAAGGUGACAGAUCCUUAUACUAAAUCCUGGGCACAGCUCAGACUGGCUCGACUGUGUUCCCAACUGGGGAAAAGAGCUGUCAGUUAAGUCCAGCCACAGACUUAUUUGAACUGCUGAGGAAAAAAAUAAAAAUGUGGACAGUGAUACAGAGGAUUUGGAACCAGACUAAAGCCAACUGGUGGUACAGAAUGUAAAAUGUAGCUGACUGAGGCUGUUAUAUGUCUUGAGGUUGGAGCACUUUGUUUAUGGCAAUUAAUCUAAUGUCUAACAAUUAAUCCUAAUGAUUUUAUGGUAAUGUUAUGAUUAAGAUAAUGAUUUGUUGUUGUUAAAAUGCUAGAGCCUUUAAUUACAAAGCUGUUAUUUACACAAGGGACAGUUAGCUUGUCUCAGUUGGUGAAAAUCCUUCACCUUUGCCAUUAAAAUUACAGUUUUAUUUAAUGAUACAGUAGGAAACCAGACAAAAUUUGCACAAAAACGUAAAGGGCCACUUCUGCACAUGACACACAUUAACACUGUUCAUUAGUUUUUGUUUGUUUGUUGUAAUCAGGCUUGAGAAAGACAGUUCUGUGCAGAAGAGAGAAGAAAGCUAUGAUUACAAUUGUAUGUGAACCAUCUGCUGACAAAUAAAACUUUUAUCCAGGCUUUUACUCUGAAAUCUGCCCCAUAAACAUGCACAUAUAAGUGUAAUGAUGCUGGAUUAAACAUUAUUUAUUCAUGAAUAUCUCAUGAGCCUAUUAUGAAUGUGCCAUGUAAAUCUCAGAUUAAGUGUUUCGCUGUUGUUUUUUAUCUCUCUAUGAACAGUGUUGUGCAAAGAACCUGUACAGUAAAUAGGGAAAAACACAGGGGGCCCGCAUCGGCCCCAAAACAUGUAUUGUCCACUGUAAAUAUAUGUUUCUGAGUCUAAAGCUUAGAUUAUAAGUGAUAAUGUGAAUCUGUUUGUCUGUGUGAGUUACAGUAACUAUUAGGAGAGUUCUUGCAGGGUGGUGAACUAAACAACCUUUGGUUCCAGGAUGUUUUACAUACUUUAAGUCUCUACUGUUGGUGGCGUCUGAUGAAUUUUUAAAAGGGCCCGUUUUGAAAAUUUGUAUAGUAAAGAUGUAAAAACUGUAAAAAAAAAAAAAAAAAAGAGAGACACAUCAUCUGCUAAUUUCUCAAACCACACAUUCAUAAAAUAGCACUUUCUGGCAGCCAUGUUGGAGGUCCUAACCUCCUCUACCUGUACUAGUACCAGUUCUAGUGUCCUGUUCAGAGAAACAUUUACACCGAUCAGCCAUAACAUUAUGACCACUGGUGGAUGAAGUGAAUAACAUUGAUCAUCUCGUUAUAACACAAUGUUCUGCUGAGGAACCUUUGGUCCUGACCAUCAUUUGGAUGUUACUUUGUCGCGUACCACCCACCUAAAUAUCGUCACAAACCAAGCACACACACCUCCAAUAGCAACAACACUCCCCACUGUCAGGGGCCUCCUCCAGCAGGAUAAUGUUCCCACCACACCACCUCCAUGGAUCUGACUUGUUCUGGAUCAUCCCACAGAUGCUGAAUCAGAUUGGGAUCUGGGGAGUUUGGAGGCCAGGUCAACACCUUGGGCUCUUUGUCGUGUUCCUGGAGACAUUUCUGAGCAGUUUUUGUGGUGUGGUGGGAGCAUUAUCCUGCUGGAGGAGGCCCCUGACAUUGGGGAGUGUUGUUGCCACUGGAGGGGUGUGCUUGGUCUAAAACAUUGUUUAGGUGUCAAAGUACGAUCCAGAUGAAUGACGGACAAAUGGUUCCUCGGCAGAACAUUGUUUUGUAACAGCUGUCAGUGGUUUUAAUGCUGUGGCUGAUCUGUGUAUAUUCAGGUUCUGACAGAUCCACACUAAGGAAAACUCUCUGCUGCAUCAGAGGGGAUAGGUUUAAUGUCUGUGAGAUAAACAACGGCAGCUUGUUGUUGCUCUUACUUGGUGCGAACAUAAACACUUUGCAUGAGCAGCACUUAACAGACACUUAAACUUGUGUGUAGACAAACAACUGUAAAGAGACGAGAGAGGCAAAUGCAUGAUGUUUUAGUGGAAAUGUGCUACAAAAGGAGGAAACCCUCCUAAAGCCUGGUGGGCAAUGUGAAUGACAUUUUCUUUGCAUUACUUGAUUUAUUAUCUGAUUUUUUGUUUGCCAAAUUGUGAGACUACCAGCUGAAUUAUUUGUAAUGUUACAAAUCAUUUAUCAUCGCCCGAUCAGACAGAGAAUUCCUAAGUAGUUAGCUGAAGUGAAAGACAACAAACUAGGCUACUAUAUGUAUUCUAUACUUAAAGAUUGCCUUUUUUCACACGUCAGCUUAAAAUGACUGACAGUAAUUUCCUCAUCUUUGACUGCAAGGGAUAAAUCAAUUUGUAUCGCUGAGUCUGCAAAAGCUGGCAGGUUGAUGUAAAUAUUGACAACGUGACAUUCAAUUUUAAAGUUGUGUCAUGGAGUUCUGGAAACUAAGAUGCAUUCACUCACUUUCCCCUAUCUCAAUCUUUAGCUCUAGUCUGCUCAGUCAACAGGACCGCAGCUCUGCACUGAGAUCCCUGUCGUCAUAUAUAGCACAGCCAGCACUAAAGAUUUUGACACUUGUCACAAGCAGGUGCCUUUGUUUUUGACAGGUUGUCCACAAAGAUUCUCAAUCAUCCAGGUCAGUGAAUAUUUACACAGAAUAUGUCAAAACACACUAGACUUUCAGUUUGGCGGUGAAAACAUUUUACUGGUUACAUCCCCUCUGUCGACUGGUGGGGAGACUUAAACAGUCAAGAGUCACACAAAUUAGACUCUUACUUGUUAGACCAAGUUAGUCUCAACACUUUUUUAAAAAUCUGUGAAUUUAAACGCACCACAGGGAGCAGAAAACAAAUUGCUAUCUCUACAGGGACCUCCAAGAUGGCACCAGACACAGUUGCUAAGAGUUUUCUAACGCCCUCCACGGUGUACUCACACCCUUGUUCUUUGUGCUCAUAACUCAUUCUGCCAUGUAAUGUUACUGCAUCCAGCAGGAGUAUGGCUGUGUGAUGUGUUAACAUAUUCAGCAGCGAGGCCCCUUUGCCCCUAAUCUGACCCCCUUUUUCAUAGAGCUGGUACAUGUCCUCAGUGAAAACUGCUCCUCACUCGGGCUGCUGUCUAUUAUACAUUCUGACAGAAUCUGCAGGAUCGUCCUGUGAUUUUCUGGUUGACCGACCAUCUGCAGAUCGUGUUUACAUAUCCAGUUAUAAUUGGAUGUAAUUCCUAUAGGCUACGGAACAGUGCAUCUGUUAUUGCUGUUAUGUAGGCUACAAAGCAUCGUGGACCAUGGGUCACAGUUGCGGUUUGACAGCGUUUGAAUCAGCGUUGAAUCUGAAUUAUCUUGUAUCCACUUAAUAUGGUUGGGUUUACUUUUCUGAGAUUUUAAGAUAAGGUAAAAAAGAAAUCUGGGUAUUUUACCAGCUCAGAGCCUGGAUCCAGAGAGGGACCAGCACCUCCAACCUCGUUUUCAAGCCUAACUUAUUAAUGAGUCACACCAUAAAAACGUCAAGAAGGUCAUAUCAGUUUAACUCUCAGAGCUGUGGCUGCUGGAAAUCAGUGCCAACACAACACGUGAGAAAAAUCGUCUUAAAUUACCUGAUUUAAAUCAGAGGGGAAACUCAGUAAACAAGCUGAAGAAUCAGACUAAACUUUCAACAGCCAACACUUUUUAUACUCAACGCUAAGGACACACCAGUCGAUGCUUAUACAAUAUAAUACUGAGGCUCUAUUCACAACUUCUAAUUCAGCAUUUCCUACCACACACAAAAACCAAAAACAUAUUUUUUUCCGUUUUGCUUUCACAACAGCUGUUAUGUUCAGGGUUAUCUACAAUCCUCCAACUGAAUACAGGACUCUUGAUGGCAUUCGAGGAAUUGUUUGUGAUACACACCAUCGUAACAGAGACAUUUGGCACAAAUAAGAUGUUAAAUGUGACGCUCCAGUAUUGAAUGUAUUGAAUUUGUACUUUUUGGUGCCUGUGGUGAAAAAAAAAAAAAAACACAACUCCUCUCUGUUCCAUUUUGAAAGAAAAAAAAGUAUGAAUGAGUUACUGUGAACUUGUUUUUUAGGAUCUUGAGACUCUUGGUACCUUUGUAUAGUCUGCAUGUGAAUAGCUUGUGUACUAGCAUGUCUGGUUUUUGUGUCUGCACCCACACGUUCUUAAAUGAUGUUUAAUAACGAUUUUAAAGAUUUAUGUGUCGGGACACAAAUUCUGAUGGGUUUUUUACAGAAAAUAAUGAAGUAAACAGUGUCCCAUUUAAUUGUGAAGGGCUAUUCAUCACAUUAUCUAUUACCUCUGUGAUUGUCUGCACAAAAUGUGACUGGGAGGUUUAUAGCAAGUUUAAACAAAAGGCUUUUUAAUGCCACUGCUUUGUGGCAUCAGUGGGUAUAAUGACUAUUUCCUUUGCACAUAAUCUGAUGUAAUUUGUUCUAAACAAGGGGGAUAGAGAAUUUAAUUACUAGAAGAUUUAAAAUGAUGAAAACUGCUGUGCCUCUGGGAAAAAAACAAACUCCCAUAAUUAAAUAAAAUUUCAAAACAGAUUUUGCCCCAGUUCUCUGAAACACUGUGGAGUACAAAGUUGGCUUAGUGGAAAUAAUUACAUACAUAAGAUGUUCGCCUGAUAGAGGCAAUAUAACAAAUAUGAAAAGCAUUUUGCAACUAUGUUGAUGUUACACUCAUGGUAAUAUGACUGAUAGCAUAUAUUUUGCCUUAUAGGAGAUUUAAACUGAAAACAGUGCAGGGAGCCGCGUUGUUUCAGUACCAGCAAGACAAAGAUAUACGAUCCACACUAUCCAGCUGGACUAACAUGUGAACGCAUUUAAAAAACACUUCACAACAGUUUGCAAUACUCACAGACAGGAUUUAAUGUUACCAUCAUGGUGCAACUGUUUUCUCAUUUGUCACUGUGAUUGUGAAGUAAAAAAGUAGAAAUAAAACGUUCGUACUACAAAGUAAUAAUGUGCAGCUGCGUGUAUUUGACUGGCCAACGGUGGAUGACACAGCAGAUGUCAGGCCUUGUUCGUCGUCAGCGUACCGGCUACAUCCAAAAUAAUCUGGCCUCGUGGUUGUUACUAACUUAAAACAAACCCUCAUGAAAACUAGCUCAAAUUAACUUAUACGUAGCACUUAGAAAGCAGGUGAAAUACAGGAGGUAACCAUGACCUUGCAAUGAAAUGUAGAUGGGCCAUUAUGUGAGCAGUGCACGAUGAGGUGUUCUGAUUCAUAUGAAAAUAACGAAGCAGGAGUUCCUCCUCCACCAGGCUUGUUAUGUUGAUGUAUCAGAGCAGCUCAGAGUGGAUUAUCAUAUCGUGGCCUGUGACCAAAGAAAAAGGCGAGUACAUUGUCUGCCUUUUUGAAAAGUAUGUGUGUAGUUGGUCUCAGUAAUGAGUUAGCGGAUACUGUAGUGUGAGCACGUUUUGGAUGGGCAACUGCAGCUUAAUGUAUCUUGCACACUGAUUUACACCAGUGGCUAAACCUAACCAGCAUCAUGACACACUUUUUAAACAGACAUAACUAAUCGGCAUCUAACGUGGCCAAAGUAAUAACUCUUAUUAAACAGGCAACAUGUCAUUUAAUAUAAACUGGAAUAAUUCAACAAGAAGCCGAUGGAAAAUGCUUCACCAAAAAAGUUUUAUAUAGAAUAAGGUUUAUACUGAUAAUCACAGUGCAUGUCAAUGUCAGUGAAUGAUGGUUAUUUGGAAGCACAACAGAAUAAAACAUAACCUGCCUCAUUGUGACUCAUUCACAUCAAAUCCUGUUUGUCAACCCAGUGGGAAGACAACUCUGAAAACCAGGCAUUUAUAAAUAGCUAGAAGCUAUUCUGAUGAUGACCAACUCUAGAAAAAAAAUUGCAUUGCUUGUUCUUCAUGGAAAUUUCUUACGGCUACGCAGCAACCUCUAGCUUCACUUUAAUGUUGGUUGUAAAUUGCAGUGGUUUUGCUGAGCAACGUGGCCAAGGACAAACAUUUAGUUCCUCUGCUGUGAUGAUAAGGAUAAUGAGAACUGAUGAGAGCAGUAUCUGUGAGCUGAAUUCAUCCUGGCAUGGUGCUUUCCUUUCUUUCUGUGAACCAGAUAUACUAUAGCUGUAUUGUUUGUUUGUUUGUUUUUAAGAAAUACAGGGUGGUUCUAUCUAACUAUCUUUUCUUUAUUUUGUUUAUGAGGAAAGAUGUAAAUUUGUCAUUAAUCUCCACGAGGCUGCAUCUGAAAUCACUCACUAUUCACUCCAUACUCUACUAAUAUGUGUUUGCCAUUUUAUAUUACAGUGUUGUCCAGUUGUGCAGUGAGAAUUAGCAGAUCUUAUUAAAGUGUACUGAAACUAUCCAGGGGAUGGUUACUAUCAAAGCACUAAACUGCCAAAACAGAAAUGACUUUCAGCAACGCUACAAGUUUUGUUUUAUGGGUUUAGCAACUAACACACUAUACAGUCUGUACUGUGAGUAGGAAAUAGUGUGCAAUUACUGUCCUCUUUUCUUUCUUUUUAACUUCUUUUUUCUGCUCUUCUUUCUCUACCUAGCUGAAAAACCUGAUGCUUGCCUUCUGUCUUUCUGCUCUGAAUACGUUCAGUGACCAGAAAAAGAGACUGUUCAGUGCCACCUUUGACCACUUCUGUCCCUUAGGAGACCUCUAAAGUUUAUGUCGUACAUGACCAAGGUAGAUGUUACUGAUAUCUACUCACUGACAUUAUUUUACACUAAUGUUCCUAGAGGGAUUUUAUGGCAACAGUGACAAGAUGCAAUUUCUUUCCCAAUGAGGUAUUAUCCUGGUUAUGGCACGUACUAUUCAGAUGCUACACAAGGUGAAAUCAUGGCAGGGCAUCUGUGUUGUCUCAUUAAUAUGCUCACUGUCUGAUAUUUUUUUGUUUUUUAUGCUCAUGCUCUGAAGCCCCAUCAUGCAAGAUUCCCAAAGAGGCAGUAAAAGUAAUUCCUUUGGAGAUACAUAAUGGGAUGAGUCAAUGAACCUGAACUGUUCUAUUGUUAAGUUGAGCUUUAGCAUCAAGGGUUUUGACCCCCAGGGUAUUAAAAAAAAGGGCCCACAUUUGUCUACCAAGGGCUGCCUUGCACCCUGCUGAAUAAUAAUUUGUUCACAAAUUAAGAAAAAGAAUGGGUGGUCUUUUGCAGCAGCACAGGCUCCAUUUUUCUGGUCACUGAAUGUACAGCUCCUUAAAGAGACUUUUUAUUUUUUGAUAAUCUGUAGAGAGUAUUGAAUCAAUGGAGAAAAAAAGUUGUGGUUGUGUUUAUGCUUUUUAAAAUUGUCAAGCUCAUUUCUGUCUUGCCUUUGUAUCAAGAGAUAUUUCAAUGUGCCCUAAUGUGUGAGAGGGGCGCAUUUAUGUUCUUGUGAACAGCAAAAUGUCAUUAAUAAUAAAGAUAUUGGUCUUAACUCAUCAACAAGAAAGUACUAAAAUCUCUCUCUGGUCAGUGAAGGACAAAGGUCCUGCAUUUCACAGUAUUUAGUCUGAUUCAUGGCCAACAAACUUUAAACGACUGCUGAAACCUACAGAACUCCUGAGGCCUCAUGAGAGCAUUAAGAUUCAAAGGACAUAGAGCUCCACAGCCCACAAAGCUUAGAAGCAGAUUUAAAACCAAAGAGAGGCGUCAGGGAAUUUUCCAAGGUGAAUUAGAAAAUUCCAGACCAUUUAAAUAGUUCAAACAUGAAAUGCUCAGGUCCAUUUAGAACAGAGACUGAAAUGUGUGCUGACUGACUACAAGUUGACGUCCAUCAUUUGAUCAACAUGGCAGUCACGAUAAACACUACCCAGAAAAAAAGAACAAAGACAGAACAAUAUCACUCAGAAUGCUGGUCAAGAAAAACAAAACUGUAUAUGCAGCCCACAAAAGAGAUGGCAUUUCAGAGAAAAGGAAAGCGACAGAUGUUUAGAUAAAAAUCUAAAAAGAGAGCAAAUAAAAUAUGAGCAACACAGAAAUGCUGCUAUAAAUGCAAGUCACAGAAAGUUCUGUUCACUUUGUCUGGAAACUUUUAAUCAGACAAAGGGAAUAUUGACUUGAAACAUUUCACUCCCUGAACAACAAACAUACAAUCUCUACAAGUUGUUUGCACUUUGUUUCAUAACAGUUCUUUUUUUUUGGUGAUGAAUAUUCAGGAGAUGUGAAUAUACAGCUACAUAAUGUCUUACAUUUAUUUUUCUUUAUCAGGCGAGGAUUUGAUUUGCUUCAUUCAGAGGCUUUUCAUCUUACGACACAAAUAGUUUGAAAAUAUUAUUUGUUACACAUAGCUGCAACUGAAAAAUAUUUCACUGAUCCGACUCAAAACAUUAAACUAGAUAUGAUCUCUACUUCUUUGUCAAUCUGUUAUACUUUCUUGUUGUCA